AUGGCGGAUGAAACUCUUCUGAAGCUGCUCUUUGAGACACCUUCUGGUUUCGCAAUCUUCGGCAUUGAUGGGGGUUUUCUCUUCGAAGAAAAACCGCUUGAGAUCAUCUGGACUAAAUUUGCCAACAAAACCACGGUAGACCUGGUGGCCUGUCAAUGUGAAUUCCAGAAGUUCGAGAACAAGUCAGAUGCCAUUAAUCCUAGUUCUGGUAUAGAUGGACGCCUUGCUACAAUGAUUAAGAACUGGUGGUUUGGAGAGAAACUUCUUGUUGGAAAGCUUGAGCAUAAAUACAUUAUUGAAAAAGAACUGAAUAUUGUCUGCCGCUAUGAUGAAGUUGCCUUGGAAGUGAUGUGGGGCAUGAAAAACCUGUUACAUAUCGUAGUUCCUGAAGAGGAAUUAGAGCUGAGUGAUGAGGACAGCAAGCAUAGGAGCAAAGGAUUACAAAUAUUCCUGCAAAAUCUUAACUUCGACAUCAAACCUGAUCUAGUUAAUGGACAAAUUACAGAAACAGCAUGCUACGUGUAUCACUGUCUAGAACAUAAUAAGGAGAUUCUUCGGUGCAUGCGUGUGACUGGUGUUCUUGAGAAAGAAGGCAUCGACACUCAGGGCUGGGAUGCGUUGAAGUAUGUGACAGCUUUUAUGCUCAUGUGUACAAAUGAAGAUCCAUCUGAGCCUAAUCAGGGGUUUUCAGCAGAGGAUCUUGCGAAGAUAAUCGGUGGUAAAGGGAAAUAUGAUAAGGGACUUCUCAAGGACAAUUUUAUGUCGAUUUACAGAAAAGCGGUCGAUGUCCACCAAACGAAAGUUGCGAAGUUACAAGAGUUGGAUGCUUUGGUUAAGGAGGCUAAAGAAAGGGCAAGAGAAGCUCCGCAGUUGCAAGACGUGGUGGUGUCUGUCACGGAGAAGAGCAAGAUAGAGCCUUGA